AUGGCGUCGGGCGGGUUCAAGGCGGCCUUGGAGACUGCCAUCCCGUGGAUCAACGGUCGGCUCGCGAGCUUCGCCGCGCAGGCUGAGUGCCAGCAGAAGAAAGCCAAGAGCGAGGAGCUGGUCAACUACUUGCUCCAACACGGGCUCGCCACCAAAGAGAGGAUGAAACCCAAACAUGUGGCGGCGUCGAGUCGGAACAGGUACGGCAACGGCGUCGACCCCGUCGAUGUGCACCUGUUGCUGGCCAGGAUUAUCGAGCAGGGCUUCGUCAAGAGCAGGCUGGACAGCCCCACUUGCUUCCAGCUGGGCCCACACGACUCGGAUGAGAUCAAAUUCAACGUGGAUAUGGCGUCGAAUUCAGACGGCAUGCUGGCGCCUGUGUCUCGCGAAGACAUACGCGCGGUGUCGGUCACGUGCACUCACACCAACUUCGGCUUGAACGCUGUCAACGCCGAGGCGCUCUGCGACAUCGCCGACCUGGAGCACCUGUGCAGGGACGGCAAGCUGGCGCGCGAGAAGGUGAUCGCCAUCAACCCCUCGAUCAAGGAAUUCCUCGACGAGGGCAUCGAGUGGGUGAUGAUUCGGAAUGAGAUCCUCCACGGGUGCCCUGGCCUCCCCGAGUUCCUGCAAGAUGCAGGCAACUCAGGGCACCAGACGGAGCGGACCUUGACGAAGAUGCAGCUCCUGAUGGAGAUUCACGCGAAGGGUGGUCGGAACCUCAAGAAGAAGGGCGAGUUCGACUGGCCUGGAGUGGUCGCGAACAUCGAGUCGGGAAAGCCACACCUGAAGGGGCAGAUCAAGGACCUCACCAAGUUCGUCGAGAACUGGUCUGGGGGGCAUGAGCAGGCGCCGCUGCUCAAUGAGUUGGACAUCUGGUCGAAGCUGAUGAGGACCAAAGUUGAUGUCCCGAGCUCGGUGUUCAAGAUCUUGGGUACCGUGGAGUUCGCGAGCGCACCCGACGUCAUCAUCGCGAUGGUGAAGAGCGCAGUGUGCAGCCCUGAGAACUAUGUGAAGAACGGCGUGUCCACCCUACUGACCAGCUGGGACGUCCAGAACCUGGUCGGCAAGAACAAGAACAAGUGCUUGGAGUUUUCUGAGAUCGUCAGGAAGGCGAAGCAGUUUCUUGAUGGCCUCAACGAUUUGACGCCGAGCCCGAAUGCCACGGACAAGAACAGGCUCAUUGGCGACCUCCAGGUCCGCGGCAUGAUGAUGCUAUUGGGGAAAAAGGGUAAAGGCAGGAAGACCUACGAUGAUCUCAACCAGAUCGUGUGCGAAUUCCUCGGCGACGUCUACCUGCGCUUCCCUGGGAGCGACCAGAAGGAGGUCCCGUUCGACGUCGAGCCAGAUAUGCAGCAGAAGGGGCAAGCGUCGUCGGCGUCGGGGCCAGUGGGAUUCAAAGUCUUCACUCGCGACGGCGACGUCUCCCAGCAGACACUCGUCCAGCACGGGCUCGUGGCCAAGGCCGUGGUCGAGCGCAAGGUGCCGCCGUUCUUCGGCGGCCCGUGGACCAUCGUGAGGUUCGAGGGCUCCCGCGCCAUCCUCGAGCCAGAACCUGGGGAUGAUGACGCCAAGAAGCGGGCGACGAGCAAGAAGGCCGACCAGCUCAAGGUGCCGACGGGCCAACUGCUGGACGAGUACCAGGACCACCAAGAUGUCCUGACCGAGGGGUGCAAAGCAUCGGUGCGGGACACGGUGAUGACCGCGUACCGCAUCACGAGCCCUGCCGUGGACCUCACCAUCAAGUACGCCACGUCGCCGACGGGCAAGACCGAGGUCCAGGAGGUGGCGUGCAACAGACCAUAUGAGCCUGGCCAGUUGAUCAUCGUGCCCUUGAGCAUCAAUGUCGGGGCAUGCUCCACAGACAAGGUCCCCGAGGGCGCCGUCAUCGUGGAUGGUGUCGGGGCCCCGUCGGGCACGGCCGUGUACCUCACCAAGUGCUGCCAGCUCCCCGUGGGCGACAAGAAGGCGUUCGUGGUGCCGUACUGGUGCAUCCCUGAGGCCGAGGAUGAUGACAGUGCGCCGCUCGCUGUCGGCAAGCUGAAGCUCGACCUCGCGUGCACUCCCAACGCCCGUGGCAUGGGCGGUUGCAGUCGCAACGUGCUGAUCCCCGUGCUGCACAACACGACGAAGCUGAAGAAGGGCACGGUGCUCGCACGUCCGUCUCACUGCUCGCCCGAUGUGCCCCUGAGCGGCGCCAACAAGAGGCCGCGCGAGUAG